GGCCACACUCUCAGGGGCCCGCUGUUCCCUCCCUCCCAUCGGCCUCUACGGGCUCAGCCACAGACGAUGUGUUCCAUAUCCAUCGGCCAGCCACUAGGACGGAGGCGGAGGAGGAGCCAGUUCAGCGCAUCCCUACAACGAGUUGGCGAUGCCAGGAACCAUCCAAGUCUCAGUUCUCGAGUUGGUGGAACCCCCUUCCUCUACUUCGCCGACGGCGAAGACGAAGUCUUCUUUCUCUUUGAAAGUUACCUUGGGGAAGAGAGAAUAUCAAACAAUGGGCAGCGGGGAAGUCUCACUGUGAGCAUUCCUUUUGAAAGUCUCUUUUCUCUUCUUCACUUGAAUGCUUAAUUAACAAUGCCCUCUUUAUCCGCUGUCAACAUUUCUUGAUCGCCCUGUUGUUUCUCUGAGAGAGAAUCUAGUAGUCAUGCUGUACGGUUCAGAUGGGAAGUUGAUUUCUCGAACAGAAUUCAAGACCAUCUCAGUGGUUGAAAAGGGGAGAUUAGACAGUUCUUUUCCUCUUGAAGAUGGUUGCAUUGUCAAUGUGACACUGAGAUUCUUACUUAGCAAAGAGGAACAGUUAAGGGUCCAUGAACUAAGAAAUUCUAAACUCAGAAGGAAGCACCCGGAGUUGCAUGAUGAAGACAUUGAGAAAAAUGUUCAUGCUGCAGGAGAGAAAGCUAAGAUUACAUGGACAGCUAAUAAUGUAGAACUUAAGGAGGAGAGACAUGAGUUUAGUCAGUCAAUGCAUGCAGGUCAAGACGGUCAAUCAAGCACCACAUCGUCUGCAGAUGCUAAAAAAUACUCCCAGGGCUCGCUUAGAACUAACAGCUAUGAACAAAAUGGAGUAGAUGAAGGACAAAUGACAGAGUUAGCCAAAGGAAGUGUUAAAGAAAGAGACAUUUUCCAAAAAGAGAGUUCAGAUCUUCAAAGGGAGCAUGAAACAAUCUCAACAUCAACAAUUGCUGCCAAGGAAACCACUACCUUCCGUCAUAAACUGGAAGAUCAAAGAAGUGGCAAAAGCUCAUUGUCGAGAAGCCCAAUAAGCAACGUGAGGACAAUGAUUAGUGUUUUUGAAAGUAAUCCAUCUGAGGGACUGCAGCAUAAUGUUAGUUCUAACAUGUCACUCGUUAGCAAGAAUCAGCAGGGAGGCUCUUUGAAGAGAAUCUCAUCCGAAGAAAGUAUUGAGAAAAAAUUCAUUUCUCAAACAAUGGCAAAAUCAUUUUCUGCAGAGAUGCUUUCUGAUAUUGACUUGCAAAAUGACCAAAGGUUUGGCAGACCACAUCUCUUGAAGAAACAAGAAGAAAAACAGCACAUCGAUAAAGCUACCAAGCUGGACGCUGUGGCAGAGAAAACCUAUUUUUCAGACUUCGAUCAAAAGGUCAAGAAUAUAGGAUCAGAGAUUGUGAAAGGUAGGGCAGAUGCUUACUUUUUCAAGGCAAGAAAAGAUUCUUCUGUAGCAUUCCAACCCAACGUUUCUGGUGCUAGUGCUGGAAUGAAAUCUGAUAUUCUGCAGAAGGAUGCCAAUGAUUUGGAUUCAGAUAACUCAUACACUACAGAUUAUUAUCUCCCUUUUGAUGACAAAGAGACACUUCAUUCAAAUGUUAGAACAAAGCCUUUUAGAUCUGAAACUAUUAAGGAGAGAAAAUACAGUGUUUCCACUGAGUUUAAGUUAAAUCAUAACUUUGGUAAGAAUCCAGCCUUUGAAAAUUCUGAUGAUAUGCUCCUGAGGGUAUAUCAAGAAGAUGUUGGAAAAUCCAGGAUCACUGAGAAUGUUGGAAAUGAUGUCAAUCUAGUUAUGCAUGGAACUGAAAAUCAAAAUAAAAGUCAUGGCUUUUUGAAGGGAAGUGAGCAGUCAAGAAGUACAUUCAAUCAGCCUUUUAAUAUUGAUAAUCCUUGUAGUACAAAGACAGACCAGGAAUUUUUCUACUGUAGAUUCUGCAGUGGCAAUUGUAGCGAGCAAGUAGCUUCUUGGACUUUAUCUGAAUCAAGAGAACUCCUAUAUACUCGAACUGAACGAUAUGUGUUCGAUACAUUUGGCAUAUGGGUUCCACGGAAUUUAUGCAUUACCACAGGGAGUAAACAACUGAGGACUCUCCUUGAAAGUUGCAAGAUUUGUCAUGGUUCAUUGUCCAUGGAGGAAAAGAUAAGAGCAGAAGCCCAUGGAAAGGCAAAGUUAUCAAAUGAUCCAUCUGUCACAGCGAUGCUGAGUGAGCAUAUCUGUUAUAGCCUGCCAAAAUUGGGCCCUGAAGACGUUGGCGCUUCAAAUUUAAACGGAAGACUGCUUGCCCAGGGAGUACGAGUCAUUAUUGUGAUCAUUGCCUGUGGGACACUUCUGCUUGGAACCCGAUAGAGCAAAUAUGAGGUCCUAAACUACUACUACAAAAGAUUAACUAACUUAGAAUACUGCAACUGUCUUUCUUUUUUCUUUGUAUAAUAAUUAUUAUAUACAUUAAUUUGUCACUUGUUAAAUAUAUAAUUAUAAAUUUUUGUGUAAUGAUUUAUAUUACGUUUUGUUAA